AUGACUCAGGAUUCCACAUUAAUGGAUAUUGUUGCGGAAUCCGUUGAGGAAGCCCAAGAGGACGAUAAUAAUCCUGAAGCGGAACUUAACGUGGUACAAAACGUAAAUCUGGCUUUUAAUCAGUUGACUGAUUUGGCCCCGUUGGAACGGCUGCACAAUUUGCGUGAAUUGAACGCGGCAAACAAUCGAAUCACCAGAUUUCCCGUCGGACAAUGGCCUUCAGUGACUCAUUUGAAUUUGAACAAUAAUGAAAUUAGUCAAUUGAGUCACGUGUGCAUGCCUCGAUUGUUAGUGUUGUCCCUAAACAACAACCGGAUUCGUCGACUGAAUGAACCCGGUUCAGAGGCUCCCUACUUCACUGCCGAGCAUUUUCCACGAUUGCAUACACUACAAAUCGCUCAAAACAAGCUGUACUUGCUUGACAGCACGCCGAACGACCCGAACGCUCCUCUGACACUGGACAUACAGUUGCCUCAGCUUCGAGCUUUGUUUUUGGGUGGUAAUGCCCUCACUUCGCUCGCUGUGUACAUACGUCAAUUGACUAAAGUGAGUCCACGGGAGCUGUCCGAGGAUCAGAGUCAGUUGGACGAUCAGGAACUGAUCCGGGAAGAGAUUGUCAAGGAACGAGGACGUUCGGCUCUGGGCAUUUUACCCGAAUUGUCUGUGUUGAAUUUGCGCAGUAACGGAAUACGCGAGUUAGAUGGAUUAACCUUAGAAACAGUGCCAAAACUACAAUACUUGAAUUUGAGAGAGAACAUGAUUGAUUCGAUGGAAGAAAUUGAAAAGCUGCAACCACUGAACAGGCUUCAAACGAUGAUACUACUGGAAAACCCCAUAUUUGAAAUGAAGGAUUAUCGACUGGAAAUGCGAGUGGCAGUGCAAAGUCUGCGACGAUUGGACAAAGAGGUGUACACGAGUCAGGAGAACGAAGAAGCGGACUUGCUUGCAGAUCAGCGCAAACAAGAGAGGUCAACAGCGGAGGUGAUCAAUCGUUUGCAUUUUAUGAAUGCUCUUCUCUAUGUCACCCAUGUUAUCGUAACUGACCCCAAAAUUCGCAUGUCUUUACCUCAAAGGUGA